AUGGUUUCGUUCCAAUGUGACGGGUGCGCGGAGGUGGUCAAAAAGCCAAAGCUGGACAAGCACCACGCGUCGUGCGGCGCCUCUUUCACCUGCAUAGACUGCAGCACGACCUUCGCCGGGCCCGCGCAAUACAAGUCGCACACGCAAUGUAUCAGCGAGGCCGAGAAGUACCAAAAGGGCCUGUACAAGGGUCCCAAGGGCCAAAACGGCAGACAAAAUAGCCACAAUGGCGGGCACGCGAACGGGAACACAAGACAAAAUGCUAGCACUACAGUGCCCGAGACCGCGUCCCAACCCGAGGCAAACGAUGCCGGAAAGAAUGGCACUGCCAACGCUACCUCGAACACGCCUGUGGUAACUGCGCCUGCACCUCCCGAGGCGGCGAAGACGAAGAAGCGGAAGAGCAAGAGUGAGAAGGAAGCUGCUCUUAUGGAUGAGGCGCAGGUUGCGGCCGCGGCGGUGAACCAGGCCGAGAGCGACCAACCGCGGAGAAAGAAGGCUAAGAGAGACAAGCACCGCGAGGACGCGGCUAAUACUUCCGCUCCUGCAGAAUUUCGCACUGUAGGCGAUGCCCAGCUGCUGGAGGAGGAGGAGAGGAAAGGGGCAAGGAAAGACAAGAAACAGAAGAAGUCGAAGGAGUACCGCUCGAAGGAGACGUCUGAGGCGGUGGAGCCUGCAUCCGUUGCCCCACGACCAUUAUCUCCAGCGAAGGCGCCUGAAACUGUUGAUGGAGGGGAGCGUUCAGAAGAGAAUGACAAGAAGAAGGGAAAAAAAGAUAAGAAAGAGCGGAAGAAGGCGAAGGGGAUCCUGGAGUCCCAAGCAGCCCAAGCAGCGGCGGAGCUGUAUGCAGGCGACCACUCUGUUGAGACUGUGGAGUCGAAGUCGAAGUCGAAGAGCAAGAAGGGAAAAGAACCUCAAGGUGCAGCGGAGGAACCUGACGACGCUGUAAAGGCCGUGGAGGAACCACAAGGUAAGACGAAAAAGCGGAAAAGAGAUGACGAGCUUUCUACAGUCAAUGCUACUGUGGCCGAGCAACCUGACGGGAAGAACGGCAAGGACAAGUCGAAGAAGCGGAGGAAAAGUGAGAUCGACGGUGUAGGAAAGACGGACGUUGGUGCACCUCUGGGUGUGCUGGCGAAAGAGGAAAAGGAAGAGAAGGAGAGAAGGAAGGAGAAGGCAGUAACGGCGUGA